CAAACCCAGGAAUCAGUGCAGGAUGUGUUGCCAGCUCAUGCUGUAGCUCCUGUUGUCCUCUCUGAGAUGGAGCUCUGUUUGCAGGGCUCCCCUUCAAACGCAUCAAAGUCGCCCCUCAAUACCAGCAUGCCACCAAACGCCACUGGGAAUUACACCAGCGACCAAUUCGCUGAAGUCAACCUCUUUGAAAUCCUGGGUCCCAAACGAUCUCCCUUCUUCCUCCCCGUGACCAGCGUUUACCUCCUCAUCUUCCUCACCGGCCUGUCUGGAAACCUGCUCACAUGCGCGGUGAUAGCGAGGCACAAGAAGAUGAGAAACCCCACCAACCUGUACCUGGUGAGCUUGGCCGUGUCGGACCUCCUGGUGCUUUUGUUCGGGAUGCCCCUGGAAAUUUAUGACCUGUGGCAGAACUACCCCUUCCCUUUCGGCGAGGGCGGCUGCUACUUCAAGACCUUCCUCUUCGAGACGGUGUGCUUCGCCUCAAUCCUCAACGUCACCGCUCUGAGCGUGGAGAGGUACAUAGCUGUGCUGCACCCGCUCAAGACGCGGUACCUGUCGACGAACCAGCACGCCAAGCGGGUCAUCACCGUCGUGUGGGUGGUGUCGAUGACCUGUGCCAUCCCCAACACCUCGCUGCACGGCAUCUUCUACCUGCCAGAGAGGAUGGAGGAGUCGGCCAUAUGCACCGUGCUCAAACCCUUGUGGAUCUAUAACAUGGUCAUGCAGAUCACCACUGUGUGCUUCUAUUUUGUGCCCAUGAUGGUGAUCAGCGCGCUGUACCUGGUGAUGGGUCUUCAUCUGGGCAGAGAAAGGCGGACGCCCAGAGGGACCCUGGGAAAGAACUGUGGCAGCAACACCCGAACAAAGAUCAACGUGAACGGGCGCAGGAGGCAGGUCAACAAGAUGCUGUCGAUCGUGGUUGCAGUGUUUGGAGUCUGCUGGGCGCCCUUCCACAUCGAGCGGCUCCUGUGGAGUUCCAUCAGCCAGUGGACCGAUUUGAUGCACAACAUUUAUCAGUACGUCCACAUCCUGUCGGGCGUCCUCUUCUACCUCAGCUCGGCGGUGAACCCUAUCAUCUACAGCCUCCUCUCCACACGGUUCAGGGAGUGUUUCCGAGAACUCGUGUGCUCCCAGGCGGAGGAGAGCAGCUCUGUCAGAGACUCGCCGCCGUUCCCUAAGAUCUUACUGGAUCCCUCUGUGUCAGGCUCCAGGGCUCAGGCUGAGGGUAAGGACUCCAAUGCUUUCAUCCCUUUGCUGUCUCCUAACGUGAAACUGAGCAUGGACGCUGCAAUCCUCACAUGUGCAUGUAAAGAGACGACCUGCAAGACCUCUGCGUUCUAA